UAAGAACGCUAAAGAGCCUACUUUGUGAACUAAACCUCUAGUGAAUAAACUGCUUUGCCAAACGGUAUAAAUGAUGUCAGUUGAUUUGGUUUGCUCGCUGAAGAGAACAUUAAAACACUAGAUUAAAAAAAAUAAAAUAAAAUAAAAUCUGCUUCAAAGUCGGCUAUGGUUAGCCAGGCUAGCUUGCUAGGCUAACCAUGCUAACUCGCUUCUGUAAAAUUAAUCUGGGUUUAUUAUUACAAACGAAACUUUAUUUGAGGCACUUGAGACUCAUUUAGUCUCAAAUGUAGCAUUUUCACCAGCUUGAAAAUACAAAUUCAAUAAAGAGCUAUAUUAAAAUAUUACAUCAAUAGUACAGACAAAUACCCCACGUGUAUAUUAAGGAAGUAUAUUGGGCCAGUGGCGCAAUGGAUAACGCGUCUGACUACGGAUCAGAAGAUUCUAGGACAUUCUUCCCGUAAUCACUCUCCAAAAUCCAAUGUGCACACUGUGCCAGAGAGGCCUCUCACAUGUUGUGCAGGUCUACUGCCCUCUUGCGGAAUCUCUCUACCAUAGAACAAUCAAUGUGUUCGCCUGCACCAAUCCACAGUGUUAUGGAAAAUCAGAAAGCUGGAUUGUCCUGCGCUCCCAGUGCCUGGAUGAUGACAUCAAAGCUUCAUCAGGGAGACAGGAUGACAAAAGCGCACAGUGUAAAGAAUCGUCAAUGUCCAGAACAGACUGGUGUGAUGAAGCUGAUGAUUGGGGGCUGGAUGAUGAAGAACAAAACACUGUUGCUGAAAGCAGUGCACAGACCGGUGCAGACACUAUACAAACACAAACUGACAGUAUUAAUGAUGGAAUGGAGGUCAGUAGCAAGCUUCAAGACCUUUGCAUUGAUGGAGGUUUGGAUCAUCAUAGCGCCUUCCUGCCCACCGAUGUGCCCAUAUUCCAGCCAUUCUACAUUAGCGUUAUGGAGGAAACCGACCUAGAUGUAUUUCAUGAUACAGAUCAUGAAAACAAACUGCUUAGAGAGUAUGAAGAAAGGGAGGGAGUGAUAUUUGGGGAGAUUAGGAGUGGAGAAGCACUAGAGGAAUAUGAGAAAGCCAAAUCCAAGCAUGGAGAUGAAGUGUUCACAAGUUUCAUGAAGAAAAUCUCUCUCUGUCCAGAACAAGUGUUACGAUACAGUUGGAGUGGAUCGCCUCAAUUUAUAAUGGAGCCACUGUCUAAUUUUAAUCAAAAGGUGCCUUGCUGUGGUCAGUGUGGCAGCCUGAGAAUUUUUGAGUUUCAGCUCAUGCCUGCAUUGGUCAGCUUACUCUGUAGUGUAGACACAAAUUCAGACAUCGCACUGGAGUUUGGAACAGUUCUGGUGUACACAUGCAGAAACAGUUGUUGGAAAUCUGGAUCGACGGUUCCAGUGGAAGAGUUUCUCUUCGUUCAGCCUGACCCAGACCAAAAGCUCUUCAAAUGACAAUAUGUACAAUAAACAAAACAAACACAAUAAAAAUAACUUAUCAACACAA